CUAGAGCUGCCAGUCUGGAGUAACUCAAUGGAUAGCAGCAUGCAGUGGAUUAUUACAGACCACCGUGGUCCAAGGCCAGUGCAGAAGGAUGCUCUAUGGUGUUUUCCAGAGGCACAAGACUGGCCGAUUCCGACUGCCUAAUGUCUGUAGUGGAUUGACUCAAGCACAUGGAGCCGCUGCCCAGCAAAAUAGAUCAUUUUACAAUACAAAUAAGCAUCUUACUGCAAAGGAUUCAUUGCAGCCAUCUGAAGAGAAAGUGGGUGCCUUCACAAGGAUAAUAGAAGCAAUGGGAUUCACAGGACCACUGAAAUAUAGCAGAUGGAAAAUUAAGGUAGCAGCUCUGCGCAUGUACACAUGCUGUGUGGAGAAGACUGACUAUGAGGAAUUUUUUAACAGAUGCCAUAUGCCUGAUACUUUGAAUUCAUGGUUUCUAGUAGCCCAGCUUCAUGUCUGGAUGUGUCUGGUUCGAAUGAAGCAGGAGGGUCGAGCGGGGAAAUAUAUGUGUCGCUAUAUAGUUCACUGUAUGUGGGAGGACGUUGAACAGCGUGGUAAGCUGAUGGGGAUUACUUCUGCUGCUCUAAAAGAAGAUUUGAGAAGUAUGGUAGAAAACUUCUAUGCAGCUCUGUUUGGUUAUGAUGAGGGAAUCUUGUCUGAUGAUCAUGUUCUGGCAGCAGCCCUUUGGCGAAACCUAUUUAACAGGAACUGUGAGGACCCCAGGCAUCUAGAGUUACUCGUAGAGUAUGUGCGCAAACAGGUGCAGCACCUGGACGCCCUCAGCGGCGAGGAGCUGCUGCUGACUGGCGAGGUGAGCUGGCGGCCCCUGGUGGAGAGCGACGCCCGCAGCCUCCUCAAGCCCUUCUCCCCUGUCUACAACGACGAGGGGCUCUGA